AGCUAGAACACUUUAUUAAAAUAUGGCAGCAAAUGCAGGGUUUGCGAAUGAUGAAGAGAGUCUCUACCACAAAGUCCAAGUCCUACCUUUCUCUUCUAAACCAAGCUUUGAAGACCAUAAGAUCGGCGAUUAUGAGAAAACCCAAGAGCCUACCACCAUGAGUGAAAGGUUGGGAUUGGACGAGUUCUAUUCCUUGCAGACGUGGCGAGCUUCUAUAGGAGAACUUCUGGGAACGGCCACCUUAGUUUUUGCACUAGACACAAUCUACAUCGCCUCCUACGAGACCAAGACGGCAACACCGAACCUCGUAGAGCCCGUCUUCAUCGCCCUUAUCGUCACAAUUCUGGUUCUCGCCACCGCCCCCGUCUCCGGUGGUCACCUCAACCCUAUCAUCUCCUUCUCCGCCGCACUUGUUGGCCUCAUCUCUAUGUGUCGUGCUGCCAUUUACGUUUUUGCCCAAUGCAUCGGUGCCGUGCUAGGCGCCUUGGCACUGAAGGUCGUGAUAGACAGCGAUAUCCAGAGUGCCUUCGCGCUUGCAGGCUGCACCCUCACCGUCAGCACCGAAGGCCCAAAUGGGCCCACCUUAAUAGGCAUUGAGACGGGCCCAGCGCUUUGGCUUGAGAUCAUAUGCACGUUCGUGUUACUUUUCUGCUGCGUAUGGGUCGCAUUUGAUCAUCGCCAAGCCCAGGCCCGUGGGCCUGUCAGCGUGUUUUCAAGCAUCGGCAUCGUUGUGGGGGUAUUGGUGUUUGUGUCGGUGACGCUGACGACGAAGAAGGGGUACGCUGGUGUAGGGAUGAAUCCUGCACGGUGUCUUGGACCGGCGAUUGUUAGAGGAGGACUCCUGUGGGACAGACACUGGAUUUUCUGGGUGGGCCCAGCUAUAGCUUGUGUGGCGUUUUAUAUUUACACGAAGGUCAUACCACGUCAGCAUUUCCAAGCGAAAGAGUUCCGUUAUGAUUUCCUCACCACCUUCUCACAAGCAACUUGCCAAAAAGCGUGA